UUGAAUGUCGGCUUUUCGCUGACUGUAUUUCCUUCCCUUCCAGGCAUCGACGAGGGCCUCAUCUCAGGCACAGUCCAACAGAAAGCUUUCAUUUCAAAAUAUCGCCUCAAUGACCCUCUCCUAAGCGAGUCUGAAAAGGCCAAUCUCCUCGGAAAUAUCACUGCUAUGGUGCAGAUUGGAAGCAUAGGCGGUGCUCUGCUUGCUUUCCUUAUUACCGACAAAAUUGGCCGUCUAUGGGCAACUCGACAACUCUGCCUCAUUUGGAUAGCCGGCAUCAUUAUCUUCAUCACCUCCAAUGGAAGAAUCGGCCAGGUGUACGCUGGCCGGUUCAUCGCGGGUCUUGGAAUUGGACAAACCGCCGUUGUUGCUCCUACAUAUCUGGCUGAAAUAUCUCCACGUGCUAUUCGUGGUCUUUGCAUCUGUGCCUUUUCAGGUUCCGUGUAUCUUGGUAUCAUGCUGAGUUACUUCGCCAGCUGGGGCUCUGCUCUUCAUAUCAGUAGCCAUUCACAAAACCAAUGGAUCGUACCAACCAGUCUCCACUUGAUGUUUGCUGGUAUAAUCCUUCUUUUGUCCAUUGGUGUCCACGAAUCCCCCAGAUUCUUGGCCAGCAAGGGUAAGAAGGAAGAAGCCGCUGCCACCAUGUCAAAGAUCCGUAACCUGCCAGAGGAUCACCCGUAUGUUCAGACUGAAAUGCUAGACAUUUUUGAACAGGUGGAGAGAGAGAAAGAGGCUACCAUGGGUCUCGGCUGGAUAGGGCCGCUGAAGGAGCUCUUCAUGACCCCUUCAAACCGAUACCGCAUAAUGCUUGGAUUGAUGUCCCAGCUCUUGGCUCAGUGGUCUGGCGCCAACAGUAUCACCAUCUACGCACCAACCUUUUUCGCUAUGCUGGGAACCACUGGCCAGUCAGAGAAGCUCUUUGCAACCGCCAUUUUCGGUGUUGUGAAGCUCGUUGCUUCACUUGUCUGCGCUCUGUUCCUUGUUGAUAUGCUUGGUAGAAAACGGGCCCUCACUUACGGCAUCAUCCUCCAGUUCCUGAGCAUGCUGUACGUGGCCAUCUAUCUUACUGUUGUCCCAGAAAUCACAGAACACUUCCAGCCAAUGGGAAAUGCCAAACGCGCCGGAACAGCUGCCAUUGUCGCCAUUUAUAUUUCUGGAGUCGGUUGGGCCCUCGGAUGGAACAGCAUCCAGUAUCUUAUUAACGCCGAGAUCUUCCCUCUCCGGGUCAGAGCUCUGGGAUCCUCGAUGGUUAUGUGCUUCCAUUUUGCCAAUCAAUAUGGUAACUCGAAAGCGGUCCCCUCAAUGCUUCUUGAAACUGCCAUGAAGCCUCAGGGUACUUUCUUCUUCUUCGCUGCCGUUACCUUGCUUGGCUUAGUAUGGAUGUGGUUCUUCCUCCCCGAGACUGCAGGAAAGUCCCUUGAGGCCAUGGACGAGAUGUUCAAUCUCCCUUGGUAUGUCAUUGGACGUAAAGGAGCUGCAUUGACGGCUGGUGCUGGACACGCCGAGAACUAUAUGCGGGAUGACGUCGAAAAGGUGAUUCAGCAUGAAGUGGCCUACGAUGAACAAGUUACGAGCAGUGAAAAGUAG